CAAAUAGUGACUAAAAAUUGUCAAUGACUGCUUCCAUAUUUAAGUGCUUCAUUCAGGUUUGAAAGUCUAGCACAGUACGUACACAGUGGUUAUUGGUUUCCAGCUAUAGUAUUUAACUAUUUGAAUUGAUGCAAUGAAAGCAAGGAGAGGAAAACGCUCAGAGGCUUUUUGGCCUUCCAUGGUGAUGAAGAAAUGGUUGAAUAUAAAGCCAAAGGUGUAUGAUUUUAGUGAAGAUGAAGUGGACACUGAAACUGAGAGUGAAGAUGAAGGUUGUUUCAAUUUUCAUCCAGCUUGCUCUCCUAAAGCUUCAAGAAUGGGAGUGCGUGAAGAUAAUCCAUUAAGAACAGAAUCAAUAUUCUCAAGUCAAACAUCAGAUGCAUCUUAUAAGAAGUCCUACAAGAUGAGACACAGAAGAGGAAACUCAGAAACUCUGCGUGCUCAGUACAUAAAUACUAAGGAAGUGAGAGUAACAGUUGGCACUUGGAAUGUUGCUGGAAAGCAUCCAUGUAAUGAUCUUGAAAUUGAGGACUGGCUCUGUACCAAAGAGCCAGCAGAUAUUUACAUUAUUGGUUUCCAAGAGGUAGUACCAUUAAAUGCUGGCAAUGUACUGGGAGCUGAGGAUAACACACCCAUCUCAAAAUGGGAGGCAAUCAUUCGAAAAACUCUAAACAAAUCUUCUGAACCUAAAAGUAAACGCAAAAGCCACAGUGCCCCUACUUCUCCAACUGCUUCUGCUGAUGUUCUACCAGACAACAAUGGUGCUAAUCCACUAGAUAAUAUGAUUAAUGAAGAGUAUUUAGUAGGUUUUGACAGUGAUGAGCUAGAACAGGAGCAAGAGAAAAGCAUAAUCAGUUCUAUAGGAAACAAUUUGCAGUUGAAGAGAAUACAUGGCAUUGAUCUUCAGACCACACUUGACUGGCCUGAACGUCCAUUAGAUGCAAAUGCAAUUCCCCUCGCUGAUUCGAGUCCAAAAUUGCGUAGAGUACUAAGCAGUUCAGCUUUAAUUGGCUUUAACUGGACAGAUAAUGCUGUGAAGUUUGCCAGUGGAAUGAAACGUUCACACCAAAGUUCAGGAAACUUGACUUUGCUCUGGAAGGAGCAGCAGCAGCAAGUGGUGCCAGAAGUGUUUGAUUCCCUUGCAGAAGUAUCUGACAUUGUGUUAUCAGAUGAGGAAGAUGAUACUUUUCUUGAAUUACCUGAUGAAGAAGAUGCUAAUGGAAUAGGAACCGCGAAAUCACAUGAAAUGUAUGUCCGGAUUGUCAGCAAGCAGAUGGUGGGAAUUUAUGUUUCUGUUUGGGUGCAAAGGAGGUUGAGGAGGCACAUUAAUAAUUUGAAGGUUUCUCCUGUUGGAGUUGGUAUUAUGGGCUACAUGGGAAACAAGGGUUCUGUUUCAGUUAGCAUGUCUCUCUUUCAGUCAAGGAUGUGUUUUGUUUGUUCCCAUCUGAGUUCUGGUCAGAAGGAAGGGGCAGAACAUAGACGAAACUCAGAUGUUCAUGAAAUUCUUCGACGCACUCGUUUCUCAUCUGUCUUUGAUGCAGACCAGCCUCAGACAAUCCCAUCUCAUGAUCAAAUUUUCUGGUUUGGGGAUUUGAAUUAUCGUAUCAAUUUGUUGGAUGUGGAGGUUCGGAAGCUGGUAGCUCAAAAGAAAUGGGAUGAACUGAUGAAUUAUGAUCAGCUAAGCAAUGAAUUGCAUAGUGGACAUGUGUUUGAUGGAUGGAAAGAGGGGUUUGUAAACUUCCCACCUACUUACAAGUAUGAAUUCAAUUCUGAUAAAUAUGUUGGUGAGAACCCAAAAGAAGGAGAAAAAAAGAGAUCACCAGCUUGGUGUGACCGAAUAUUGUGGCUAGGAAAAGGAAUAAAGCAACUUCAAUAUGGGCGUUCAGAAAAUAAGCUUUCAGAUCAUAGACCAGUUAGUGCAAUCUUCAGUGUUGAUGUUGAAGUAUUUGACCACCGCAAGCUACAACGAGCUCUGAAUUUCACCAAUGCAGCAGUUCACCCAGGGGUUUUCCUUAAAGAUGCAGCAGUGCAUCCUGAGGUUUUCCUUACAGAUGGGGACUUGUCAUAUUAGAUAGACACCUCAAAGGUUGGAAUCUACAUACAACAAUUACUGGCUGUUUUUUCAUUUUUUUGUCAAAUCCUGAAGGCUGUUAAAAUCAUGACUUUUAUAGAUGAUGAGAAGCAAAUGGUAGCCUGUUUGUAAACUGAGCUUCUAUAUGUCAUGUUCAAGGAUCAUACCUCUGAGAUUGAUCUGCACAACAAAUCACUAAAAAUAGUUAUAACACGCAAAUGUAUAUAACCAUGCAAUAGGAGUGUGGAAAUUAUUAUUUUUUUCUUGUGUUAUUAUCUGGUUUCCUCAAGAAAUAACUAUUAUACAAUUCUGGUGUCUUGGUUGUAAUGUAAUCAGUUCUUGACUACAAGUUUUGUCACAGUACUCAACCAUUAUCUUAGUAUCAACAGUUGUAAUGCAAUCAGCAAUGGACUGUUAAUUUUUAGUCA